UUCUUUUUUCAUAAGGUUUCUUUCUUUCUUCAUUUUUGUAAUCUUUUACUCAUGUCAAUACUUAAUAUCAGUCUAUUAUAGUCUAAUAGUUUUCAUAAAUUGCGCCUAUUGAAUAAAUUUAAAAAUAUCUUUAGAGUUUAGAUACCUAGUAUUUUCCCAGUGCGGCGUCCAGGCCACCACAAAUGACCUUUGCACACAUUAAUAAACGGACGUAAGGUUAAAAGUAAUUGAAAAUGGAAUGGAGAGGUAUUGCAUACAUCACAUUAUGGUUUCUGAGUAUCACAAGUGGAUUUCUUGCUCUAUGUUGUCCACUAGUACCGUUGAUGUUUGUUUAUCCGCACGCUUUCCGUUAUAUUAUAGGCAUCAUAUUCUCUGUGUGGGAGAUGUAUCCCACCAUAUUGAUGCGUCUGUUGUUCAACACUCGUUUUAUAAUAACUGGGGAUCAUAUUAAUCCAUUUGAUGGUGCAUUGUUAAUAAUGAAUCACCGUAAUCGGUUGGAUUGGAAUUUUUUGUGGGGUGGUAUGUAUUACAGUUCCAAACCACCUGCACAUAAGCUGAAAAUGGUGCUUAAGUCAGCUAUUCGACAUGUGCCUUUUGCUGGUUGGGUGAUGCAAUUAUCAGGAUUUUUAUACAUACAUCGUCGCUGGGAUCAUGACCAAUCUUCAAUGGAAAAACAGUUAAAAUACUUCCGUGAUGUAAAUGAUACUCAUCAGAUUCUAUUGUUCCCUGAAGGAACAGAUCUAUCGCCAAGCAAUAUUAUGCGUAGUAACAAAUAUGCUGCAAAAAACAAUCUUCCUAAUUAUAAAUAUGUGCUUCACCCAAAGACUACAGGUUUUGUAUUCCUUGCUGACACAAUGCGAAAAAAUAAGCAAAUGAAAGCAGUGUAUGAUUUGACUAUCGGUUAUCCAGAUUUAUUACCCCAAAAUGAAAUGGAUGCUUUACGAGGUGUAUUUCCAAAAAAUGUGCAUUUUCAUAUAAAACGAUAUGAUGAGACAGAUUUACCAUUAACUUCAGAUGGUUUAAAAUCAUGGUUAAAUGAUAUUUGGAAGCUGAAAGAAAAAAGAUUAGCUGAUUUUACUGCCACUUCGUCGUUUUCAUCAGAUCCUCAAGCAACACUUAAUAAUAAUCAACCCAUCGAUAAUGCUCUCUACUUAGCUCUAAUAUUUUGGACCCUAGUUCAGAGUAUCGUUAUAUAUGCUAUGGUAACAUCAUCACUCUUCCAAUAUUGGUGUUUGUUGUGCAGCAUAGUAUUUUUAGGCUUCUCAUAUACUGAAGAUGGUUUCCAAAUGUUUGAAGUCAAAUUAUUUGAUUUUACAAGAAAAAGAGAAAAAAAAACAUAAAUAAUACCUUAUUGUGUGUUCAUUUGUUAUACUAAAUAGAUAUUACAUAUAUGGUAGAUUGAUAGCUUUAUACAUAACUGAAUGAUGUAUUAUCUUAUAGUUACCUAAAUUGAUAUCUGUAAUUGUUUAUUAAUCAUGAAGUCUAUUUUACAAUUUACAUUUUGUAUACGAUAAUUAUAAAAACUUUUUUGUUUAUUAGUUAUAGGUUUGUAAUGUUGAUCAACAAACAUAAUAUUUUAAAUAUAUGGUAGUAUACCUAUUAUAAA